AUGGCCCUUCACCAGCCCGUCCGCGUAUUUCCCUCAACACCAGGUCCUCCAACCACGACGGCCCUGUCCAUCCUGGACAACACAGUGGCUCGGUUCUCUCCAACGGGCGCCAUCUGGGUCUUCGACGCCUAUCCCCCUCUCGCUCGCGAGGCCUUCCUCUCUCAGCUUCAGGCCUCCUUCGCAAAAGCACUCUCCUCAUUCCCUCACUUUGCCGGCCAACUGCACUGGGACACGUCAACCCAGCGCUUCAACCGCGCAGCCGUCACCUACGGCUCUCCCUCCGACCCAGGCGUCGAAUACACCGUCGUCGCCUCCUCCACAAACAUCUCCAUCCCCAAGGCCACCAUCUGGGAGGGCACGUUUCCGCAAGACGCCCUCCUCGCCUCGCAGACGCCCCUCGCGCUGCACGACCUCACCACAGCCGACGGCCUGCCCGCCAUGAUCGUCCAGAUCACCCUGCUGCCCCGGGGCUACGCCGUCGCCGUCAAGCUGGCGCACCCGCUCGCCGACGCGCACACGCUGCUCCAGUUCAUGCGCCACUGGUCCGCCGCCCACGCCGCCCGCCCGCCGCCCACCACGCCCGUCUUCGCCCCGCGCCGUCUCGACGCCCACGCCAUCCACGCCGCCGGCCGUCCGACGCGCGAGAGGGACGCCGCGCUGACGGCCCAGGCGCGCGCGCUGCCGCUGCACAGGUUCGACUGGUGGGCCACCACCGCGCCCGCCUACCCGGCCUUCCUCGCGUCGACGACGGCCAACUCGAAACCCACAGCCGCGAACCUCCCCGCAGCAGCAGCAGCGGUAGCAAAAGAAGAAAUCCCGCGGACCGAUCUGCAGAUCCCACCCUGGCCGACGUGGGAUCUCCUGCGCCCCGUCAAACACGCCGUCCUGCACUUCGCCGACGCCGCCCUCGGCGCGCUGCGCGUCGACGGCGCGUCGCGGCUCGAUGCCCUGCUGGCGCACGUCUGGGCGCGCAUCGUGCGCGCGCGCGGCCUCGUGGACGAAGACGUCUUUCUCAACCUGACGCUCGGCGUGCGGGCGAGGACGGCGCCGCCCCUGGGCGACGCCUUCGUCGGGUCGCCGCUCGUGCUGGCGCACGUGGGGCGUGCUGCGCGCGAGGUCGUCGCCGGGCCGGCGGCGGUGGCGGUGGCGAUUCGCCGCUGUCUGCAGAGGUUUACGCCUGACGCCGUCGCGGCUGUGCUGCAUGAUGCCGAGGGGGAGGUCUCGCCGCAAAGGAUCUGGCAGGCCUUCUUGGGGGAGAGGCACGUUCUCGUGACGUCUUGGCUGAGGACUGGCGUGUAUGAGAUUGAGUUGUUUGGGGCGAGGCCGGCGUGGGUUCACUCUGUCAUGCCGAGGAUGGACGGGUGUGUGCAGGUGAUGGAGGGGAGGGAUGGGGGCAUGGAUGUUUCGGUGUAUCUGGAGGCGCAGGCGAUGGACAGGUUGCUGGCCGAUCGUGAGCUUGGAGUCUGA